ACUCCAUUUCUACUGUUUCUCCGACAUCCUCCUAUAGCAAAGGGACAAGCGGGAAAUUGAAAAUUGAGGAAGCCAAAACAAUUUUCAAACACUCAAUUUCUUGAUCCAAUCUGGAAUUUGAAUUUCACUAGGAUUCCGUCUAUUAAUCUCUCAAUGGUGGUGGACCAAGAUCAGCAAUGGCUGCUGGGUUGCUUAUCAGCAAGUCUUGACCCUAACCAGAACGUUCGUUCUUUCGCUGAGACUUCUCUCAAUCAGGCUUCUCUUCAACCAGGGUUUGGCAGUGCAUUGUGCAGAGUUGCUGCUAACAAAGACCUCUCUUUGGGAUUGCCUGCUGUACUGUUAAAGCAGUUCAUUAAAAAACAUUGGCGAGAGAACGAGGAGGCUUUGAAUAUCCUCUUGUCUCAAGCUCUUAUUCGAGGACAAUUGUUGGGCUCACUUGAUGACUCUCAUCGAAAAAUCUGUACGGCUAUUAGUAUGGACAUAUCGUCAAUUGCCACAUAUGAUUGGCCAGAAGAGUGGCCUGAGCUAGUGCCUUUUCUCCUGAAGUUGAUUAGCGAUCCAAGUAACACUAAUGGAGUUCAUGGAGCUUUGAGGUGUUUGGCUCUUCUCUCUGGUGAAUUGGAUGACAAAGAGGUUCCUACGCUGGUACCUGUGUUGUUUCCUUGCUUGCAUGCAGUCGUAUCCUCUCCUCAGAGCUAUGACAAGUAUAUUCGAGGAAAAGCCCUUUCAAUUGUUUAUUCAUGUAUAUAUGUUCUUGGAGCAAUGAGCGGUGUGUACAAGAUGGAAACUACUACUUUGGUGACACCUGUGCUUAAAGUUUGGAUGAAUCAGUUUUCACUUAUAUUGGAACAUCCUGUGCAACGCGAGGAUCCUGAUGAUUGGAGUUUAAGAAUGGAGGUCUUGAAGUGCUUAAAUCAGUUUGUACAGAAUUUCCCAUCUCUCAUCGAAAGUGAAUUGAUGGCUAUUAUGAGGCCAUUGUGGCACACAUUUGAGUCAUCUCUACAAGUUUAUCUUCGAUCGUCAAUUGAUGGUGCUGAAGAUUCAUAUGAUGGAAGAUAUGAUUCAGAUGGUGAAGAAAAGAGUCUUGACACUUUUGUCAUCCAGCUAUUUGAGUUUCUGUCAACUAUCGUUAGCAGUAGAAGACUGGCAAAGACCAUUGCCGGUAAUGUCAGAGAGUUGGUAUAUCAAACCGUCGCUUUCCUGCAGAUUACAGAACAACAGGUUCAUACUUGGUCCAUGGAUGUAAAUCAGUUUGUAGCCGAUGAAGAUGAGGGUAGCUACAGUUGUCGUAUAUCAGGAAUUCUUUUGUUGGAGGAAGUUAUCAAUGCUUUUGGUAGCGAAGGGAUCAAUUCCGUUGUAGAUGCUACCGGAAAACGGUUCCAAGAGUCUCAAGGUGAAAAGGCAGCUGGUUCUCCGUCCUGGUGGAGAAUAAGAGAAGCUGUGCUCUUUGCUUUGGCUUCUCUUGCUGAUCAACUUGUUGAAGCUGAGGACUUGAGAACUGACCCUGCCAAUUUAGCUAAAUUUGUUGAGCAAUUGAUAAUGGAAGAUACUGGAAUUGGGUAUCAUGAAUGUCCUUUCCUUUAUGCCCGCAUAUUUACAGCCGUUGCAAAGUUCUCUUCUGUGAUCAACCCGGGAAUCCUUGAGCACUUCCUCAAUGCUGCUGUUAGAGCUAUAACCAUGGAUGUGCCGCCACCUGUAAAAGUAGGCGCAUGUCGGGCACUUUUGCAGCUCCUACCCGAUAUGAACAGUUCAGUUAUUCUGCCUCAGAUCAUGAAUUUAUUCUCAUCUCUCACUGAUCUUCUCCAUCAGGCUUCAGAUGAAACUUUGGUUUUGGUACUUGAAACUCUUCAACAAGCAAUUAAAGCUGGCCAUGAAGCAUCAGCUUCAAUAGAGUCGAUUAUCUCUCCAGUGAUUCUUAAUGUGUGGGUGGCACAUGUUCAGAUCCCUUUAUGUAUCGAUGUAAUUGACGUCCUGGAGGCAAUAAAGAAUUCGCCUGGUUGCCUUCAUCCACUGACAUCAAGGAUUUUACCAUUCAUUGGGCCAAUUUUAAAUAAGCCACAUCAGCAGCCUGCAGGACUAGCGAGUGGAUCCUUGGAUCUUUUAACUAUGCUUCUUAAGGGUGCCCCAAGUGAUAUAGUGAAAACUGCAUAUGAAUUUUGCUUUGAUGCUGUCAUUCGUAUCAUACUCCACAGUGAGGAUCAUGGUGAACUACAGUUUACCAUGAGAAGUUUGCUUGAUGUAACUUCUAGGCUUCUUAACCCUGAUCUGGAAUGUUCUGGAUCUCUGUUUGCUGGGAAGUACAUUCUGCAGCUUAUCUUGCAUCUUCCAUCAGAGAUGGCACCCCAUGUCCAAGAUCUGGUUGCUGCUCUUGUAAGACGGUUGCAGUCUGCUGAUAUUUCGGCUUUAAAAGGCUCAUUGCUGCUGAUUUUUGCCAGACUGGUCCAUAUGAAAUGGACUAAACAACAAGGGGAGAUACAAUCCGCAUAUCAAAUCAAAGUCACAACUUCAGCUCUGGCCUUGCUGCUGUCCACUAGACAUUCUGAAUUUGCGAAGGUCAAUGUCCCAGGCAGUCCGAUUCAGUCCAAUGGUGGCAUAACCACUCGCUCAAAAGCUAGAUCUGCUCCUGAACAAUGGACCAUUAUCUCUCUACCCAUGAAGAUACUGGCUUUACUAGCUGAUACAUUGAUUGAAAUGCAAGAGCAAGUUUUGAGUAGUGAAGAUGAGGAUAGCGAAUGGGAAGAAGUGCAUGAAGGAGACGCUAAAGCUGAGAAAGACUUGCUACGUUCAGCUGGUGCCUCCCAAUUCAGCAAACCCACAUAUGACCAACUUGAAGCAAUGGCUCGUUUCGAGAACCAAGACGAUGAGGUGAUGACCACCUACUUGGUACCGACCCCCUUAAUGAGAUUAAUCUGGCAAGUUACGUGGCUGAUUUUUUGUUGAAGUUUUCGAGUGAAGAUCGGCCUCUGUUUGAUAAUCUUUGCCAGGGCUUAUCAAAUGCGCAAAGAAACGUGAUCCAUAUGGCACUGAACCGCUAGGCUUGGCGUCAUAAUUCACAAUUCAUGUCUCGAGUGUUGUUUUUUGUCAGUUGAUUGAUUCUUGGGGAGUAAAGAAGUGCUAGCAUCCCUUUUGUAGAAGUGUCAUUUUACACAAAGUACUGUAUUAAAAAAUCUUUGGAAUU